AGAACCAAACCCAACAUAAGCCAACCCAACCCAAGCCACAGUCCCAACCAACAACAAACCACAAACAACAGGCUCACACAUCAUCAAAAGCAACUCACAUAUGAACACAUAACCAACACCACCACCACCACCAAACAUGACAACCAGCCAUCCCAACCGAUCACACCUAGAGAUCGCCAACUCACUCAAAAAGCAACUAGUCACCUCACUCACUGCCUCAAACGAAAAGGAGAUUAAGGAAUGUUUAGAACGGAUCAAGAAAGAGGUCCAUCCCAGUGAAGAACUCAUUCGAGCUACAAAGAUCGGGAUCACCGUGGGAAAACAGAGACAAAACUCGAAUCCAGAGAUCGCCAAAAUAGCUAAGUCGAUCAUCAACCAAUGGAAGAGUCACAUGAAGAAAGAACCCACUCCGUCUCAAUCCUCUUCCUCCAAAAAUGGCACGACUACCUCCGCCUCUUCGAAUUCCAAUCAUAACCCCAAAAGUCCGAGUUUGUCGAGUUCUCAACAUUCGAAUAUGAAGUCACCUCGCCCAGACCAAGCAGCGAAACUGACGAAUCUGAGCACCACAACCAGUCCCGAGAAACCGACGACGACGACGACAACAACAACAACAACCGCGACGACGAGUGCGACUAAUUCGAACAACCCUGCGACCGGGCCAUCGGCAACAACUGUCGGCUCCUCGCAACCUAAGACGACCCCUCAAUUCUCGCCCAACUCAAAUGGCACUAAGAUUAAAAGGAAUGGGCCGAGAAGCUCGAAAACUGAGGACCCUAGCUUGAACUUCGAGCUCUACAAGGACGAGAAGGUCAGGAACGGGAGUCUGAAAGCGGUCUUUGAUGCAUUGAUCUUCGACUCGGAUGCCCCCGCCGAUUUGAUCUACGAGAGGGCUAAGGCUAUCGAGACUGAGGUCAACAAAACCCACGACUCGAACGGCUAUAAGAUCAAAAUGCGCUCCUUAAUCUUCAAUCUCCGAGACAAAAACAAUCCUGGACUGCGCGAAUCGGUUGUUUCUGGAGAGAUCUCUGCCAGUCGAUUAUGUGUUAUGGGUCCACAAGACAUGGCCAGUGAGGAAAGGAAAGCGCAAGACCGGAAGUUGGCCGAGGAGAACUUGUUCAAAGCCCGAGGGGCUGGGCCUCAACAAGCCGAAACCGAUGCCUUCAGAUGUGCACGUUGUGGACAGCGGAAAUGCACCUACUAUCAAAUGCAAACUCGGUCGGCGGAUGAACCGAUGACUACUUUCGUCACUUGUGUUAAUUGUAAUUGUCGUUGGAAGUUUUCUUGAACAACCCACAUCCCUAGAAGUUAACAACCCCCCCUCCUCUGUGAUCCACCAAAAAGAAAAAAAAAGAACUCUACCUUAAUAUGCAUACAUACAUAUAUAUAAUUGAACAAGUUGUAUAUAGGUCCAUGUUUUUGGAUUAAUGAUUGGUUUUUUGUGUGUUUCCUGUUUUUGCUUUUUUUUGGUCUCACAUCAUGAGUUUGUUGAUAAUAAUGAUUAGUACAUACAUACAUAUAAAUAUAUGGCUUGUGUUUGUG